GUGUUUAUUUGCUACCUCAGGCACUUACUUACCACCCCCUCUGAGCUCACAGCUGCUCUGAACUUUGGAUGCAAUGAUUUUUGCCCUGUGUGCCCACAGAAUUCCUGUAUGAUUGUAGCCUGACUCAAAAAGUGGGCACAAGUUCUCUGUCGACAGGUCAACAUCAACAUUUUCUAAAACGGCUGUGCCAGGACUGAAUGUCAAGAAGCCUUGCUCUUUUAUACAGUGGACCUACAGGACUUAUUCACACAUCUGACUCUUAGGCACUAACAGAUCGAGCGUUUCCACCGGGCAGUGUGAGAGACAGAGGCUCUGGAGACAGCUGGUAUUCUUAGAUACAGGAACACUUUUUGUUACAGGCCACACAAGAAAGAGGAUUCAUAGUAAAGCCUGGACUAAGUUACCGGACUAAGAGGCAGUAAGGACUGUCAAAUUGAGCCCUGAUCUGGUUUCAAGAUGUCGGAAAUCAAAGAAUAUCGUCGCUCGCUGGUAGUCUCUCCCAAGGCCAGCAGUCAGUUCAACCAGUUCCUGCCCACCAAAGAAAAGCAAUCAGGCUACGUUCCUGUACCGGUGCACAGGACACGUCCCAAUCGCAACAGUGACAACAGGCGCAGCUGGGCCAGUCCGCAGUUUACAGAUGAGGAUGGAUCCUUCUCUAGUGAACUGGGCACACAAAGGUCCAUGUCAGCGACUCACAUUUCCUGGCCGUCUUGGUACGAAAGCAGCGAUUCGGAAGCAGACCAUCCAGAUCCUGAUCUGGUCCUGGAUGACCUGGCUAGCCGCAGAUUUCACAGCUCAUCUGUGGUCACACCCACCAACUUUGCAUUACCAAUGACCUCAGUGAAAUGCACUGGAAUGCCCCAAACAACCAGGCCAAAGGGUAUGGUUGAUAGUGUACCCCAAGCGACACUGACUUACCUCAGCGAUGAAUCACGGCCUCCUCAGAAGGCUGCAGGGAGGCCUGAGUCUACUGACAUCCACACGUACGAUGAUUCAGAGGAAGACGAUAACGAGAUUGGCAAUGCCGACCCUGUUCAAGAUGACUUUUAUGCUCGUAAAUUGGGAAUGACAGGCCAGCCCCCUGCCACUGUGCACUAUGAUACUUUUCUGCCCAAGUUCUGGACCCCUGAGGAGGACGUACAUGUAAAGAAGAUCAGACUGGGUUCUCAGCGUCGGCCCUGGUACAGAGAAAUGCAAGGCUUCAGCCAGAAGAAGUCGGACUCAUUCUCGGUGGACUCAGAAUCUGAUGUCGUUCACCAGCACCAUGUUUUCUCUCGCUCUCAGUCUGAGCCCCCUACCUCACACCCACACACAUCUGAGACUUCAACUCAGUCCAGACUUUCCAGCACUCCCAGUCCUUCAGCACAGCCACUCAUGCUUGCUCAACAAAACUCUGAAGCCCCAAGAUUUCACCUCCCCGAUUUUUGGCCCAGACCAGACCCCACCUCAGGCCCCAGGCUUAUUAAGUGUGAGAAGCGCCCCCUAUUAGGACGGGAGAACGCUAAUGAUCCCUACAACGUACCUGAAGACAUUAUUCCUGAUUUGGAAAACGAUGAUAUGUUUACCAGACGGACAUCUGCCUUCCACUCUUGCACUGAUCUGGCUAGACUAAAAUAUGGGGGCUUGUUUAGCUUGCAUCGGAAGCCCGAGUCUGACAUCAGAGUGGUUACUCAGCCGGAUCAUGACCAAUCUGUUUACCCUGACAUUGAAAGAGAUGACGUGAUUAGCCGCAGGGUACAGCUUCAGUCAACACAACGUCCCUUAUCAGGCGCACCAGAUAUCUAUCACCCUGUACCUAUCCCUGAGUUCUCUGUGCUGCCCACAAAGCUUCAGGCCAAAGUGUGUACCCAAUGCCCCCCAACUUGCCUGGACCCACAAGUGCUGAGGAAACAGAAGGGGUAUGAUCAUGUGAAAAGUGAUGACAUGCUGGUUAGAAAGCUUGGAAUGGUGCAUGUUCAGGAUGGACAGAGUCUUACAGAGGUGUGUCAGAUCUCAGUUGCCACUCAGACAGGACCCAGUGUGCCUUCAUUCUGCAGCAAAGAGGACCAGCAGAAAUGGGAGGCCAUUAGAGAGGCCAGUCGUGUGAGAUAUAAGAAGAAGCUGAUGGUGGAGAGACUCAUGCAAAAGAAAUCAGAAAGCGAUAGGAGUUCAUCGAUAAGUGAAAUUCCCAUUGAGGCAGUCGCGAGUGAGGUUAAUUUUGAGGAGCUGCAGAAGAUGCGAAGUAGAAUAAGGGAGAACGAGGACAAGUGGCAGGAUGAUCUCAGUAAAUGGAAGAACAGGCGCAGGAGUGUGAACUCCGAUAUCGUGAAGAAAAAGGAAGAGAGGGAGCAGAUUGAGGUCCUCACUGGAGGUAGCGACACUAAGAAAUCAAAAACCUUUAAAGAGAUGGAGGAGGAGAGAGAAAACCGAGAGCCUGGCUACAGAAACCGCUUCAGUUUUUACUCCACCUCUGAAGAUGUCUUUGAGGAACCGACACCAAAGACCAGGACAAUAAACCGCAGCUAUACCAUUGAUACUCCAUAUACAUCUAUGAACCGCUCUCUGCCCAGCCUGAUUGAUGAACCAGAUGCUGGCAGCCUGGCAUCGGUCAGUAAAGAUUCUCCAGCUAGUCCCAUCCAGUCCAACACAGGAAACACUCUAAAUACAAAUCAGAAGCAAACAAGUACAUUUAGCAGCCACAGCCUCCUGGAUGACCCAGUUCCAACCAGUGUCACCAAGAAGCCCAGUCGUCCAGAACCCACCAGAACCUCUCAGUUAAGUAGCAACAGCAGCAUGUUCAGCAGACCUUCACUGGAGACUAACAUCAACUCUAAGCCAGAUAACAAAUCCAGCAGCUUUGUUGGACCUGCACCUGGAACUAGAAAUUCCUACAGUAGAGUGGAGGAGGACCAAAAGCAGACUUCUUUGUAUAGGCCUGAUCCAUCAGAGACAAAGCAACCUGUAGUGUCUCGGGUUUCCGCCUCCCUUCCUAGAAACUACCAGAAAACCGAUAGCACACGGAUCACCUCUUUUGUUGCACCCCGGCCUUUUGGCACCCAAAGCACCAGGGUCUCUUCCCUGCCUCGGCCAUAUAUGGUGGAUGACAAGGAACAAAAUGGUAAAACAGUUAGCACUAGGACCAGUUAUUCAUCAUCUAUGCAUGCGGAUAAGCCUAGCUUUCAGACUGGCUCUGUUCAGAGCAGUAAUGGGAAACAAGAAGAAAACCAAGCAGUUUCAGCUGCCAGGAUUUCCUCUUCUAUCACACCAAUUGGACGAGUGUCUCCACAGCCCAAAACUCAAAGCUACAGUGACAUGAGGGUGAGCUUGAAUCAGAAACCCAACAGCAGUCGUGACUUUGGCUUUCAGAGUAACUGGGACUCCACGGGCGCUCAUGUUAAAUCUAUACAACCAGGCAGUCCAGCAGAGCUCUGCCAACUACAAGUUGGGGAUGAGAUCAUGGCAGUUAACGGGAACAAGGUGACAGAUAUGAAUUACAAUCAGUGGAAGAAAUGCAUGGAUGAGGCCCUGCAGCAGGGCAGCCUUCUAAUGGAUAUCCGCAGACAUGGGAAGAGCAAUUGGGACAGAGACCUACCUUCCCUUCCAUUUACAAGCCAUAAGACGAUCAAUCUGACAAGUCCGGGUCCCCUAGGUUCCCCUGAGCCAUAUGUGAGCACAAGUUUGGAUUUUACUUCACGCUCUAUGGAUCCCACUGUAAAGACUCUGAAUGUCAGCGGCUCACCUGUCAAUAGUUUGACCUCCUUUGGCAUUAAUGGUGGAAACCUUGAGCAGAAAGUUACUCUGAGGAACAAAGAAUCAGAACCAAUUUCUAUGAAAAACCUUAAAAGGAGAUCUGAGUUUUUUGAACAAGGUGGUUCUGAAACUACAUCCGAUGUACCUGUUCAGUCUCCCUCUGUCCCCUCCACCCGCUCCCCCUGGGACCCGGAGGAAGAGCGCAAGCGACAGGAGAAAUGGCAAAAGGAGCAGGAGCGCCAGCUACGAGAGAAAUAUCGGCGAGAUCAGGAAAAAAUGGAGGAGGAGUUUAAAAAAGCUCAGCAAGAAGCUGUAAAGCAGGGCACCAAACAAUAUGAAGAGGACGUGAAGCGCCUCGAGCUUCAGCGGGAGGCCUCUAGAUUGGCCGCCAAAGAGGAGGAGGAGAGAAGAAAAAGGGAAGAAGAAAAGAAAAAAAUGGAACAGGAGGAAGAGAGAAGACAACUAGAACAGCAGAAACGACUAGAUGAGAGGAGGUACCAGGAAUCCUACCAGCGACCUCAGGAAUAUGAAGUGGGCAGUGACUAUACCAAUACUUUCCCUGAGCUAUCCUACUCACACAGACUAAAGUCCAAAUCCACUCCAGAGCUUGAUGAAAUGGAAAGAACAGACAUUAAAGGUGUAUAUAGCAGGCACCGGGGCCUGGCGAGCUGGCUUCUGGAAGAAGAGUUAAGAAGAAAGAAAAAUCCUCAGAUCCUGAGACAGCAGGCUGCAUCCGAACUGGAACUAGAGAGGAGAAACAUCCUUAGUGCUAUGAGAUACAGAAAUCCAGAAAAAGCUGGUCUUGGUGAAAGUAAAGAUAAGAAGGAGCCAAUAACUCCAACUGAGGUGGACCGGCAGCAGAUUAUCCAGGACAUGAAGAAGAAGACUUCGUUGCUAACAGACAACAGUUGGAUUCGUCAGUCUGCUAGUACCAACAACCAAAACAAAGAGCCUGUUAAUGUUCCCAUGAGGAGAGGUGAAUCUUUGGACAACCUAGACACAAAACCUUCAUCCUGGAGGUCAUCAUGGACACCGGACAGCACUUCCACCUCCAUCCCAGACUACAGUCGUCCACCACGAUCAUCUCUUUCUGGCUCUUCCUAUGGUAGUGGAAACACAGUCACUACCACCCUUCCUGCUUCUCAGCUUGUAAGAUCUAACAAGCCGUCAUCGUUCCCAUCCCCGUCCAGCUCCACGACUGGCACGUUGCCUGAGAAUCAGUCAUCCUCAAAGAACAGGUCAGUCAGUGGCAAGAAAAUCUGUACUUCCUGUGAUAUGCCAUUGGGCAAAGGAGCAGCCAUGAUCAUCGAGUCCUUGGGGCUCUGUUUCCAUUUACAAUGCUUCAAGUGCAUUCAGUGCAAAUGUGAUCUUGGCGGCUCAGAAAAUGGAGCUGAAGUCAGAAUCCGAAACAAACAGCUCUUCUGUAACUCCUGCUACAUGCGAGUCAAAACUGCGCAACCUACUGCCAUGUGAUCUCACUGGAUUACAGCAGAUUGGGGAAGAACCUUGGACACACAUAACAGGAACACUAAAACUAUAGCGAUGCAUGUGAAGACCACUGGGAGAUUUCGCCAUUGAGAUUACACAAUCAGCUUCUAUUCUUCUUUUUCUCUUUCCUCUAUGAGAGAGUGCAACUAAUAAAUGUAUAUAUUUCCAGUAAAGUAUUACAGACUACUAGUACACAACGUAUAAGGGACAAACAUUUACCUAGAACCUAGCAAUAUAUUUGUGAGAAUUAUCACUGUACCUCACAAAAAGUGAAAAAAGUAGAUUAUUUUUGGCUGGAUUGACAGAAAUUCUAUUGAACAGAGAAAUUUUUUUUUUUUUCUUUUUCUUUUACUCAGAUCUUCACGAGUCAUAUAUUAUGUUAUGGAUAUCAUUAGAGCCUGGCAGAUAUCUUAUAUUUUGCCUUUGGGUUUGUAAGAGGGAAAACUCAUUUAGAAUUAAUAUAUUAAAAUAUAAAAGUUAUUUAAAAGUUGCAUGGUUUGUAAGGCAAGUUUAUUGGCAUCCAUAUUCUGCACUUAAGAUUUUUAAUUCCAUACUUGGAAGAAGUGAUUGUAUUCACUAAUAUUUGUAAAUAAAGUGACCAAUCUGAA